GUUCAGGCGCGUGAAAGUGAGAGUGACGCACGCCCGCAAAAGGGGGUUUGAGAGUUGAGAUUUGGGCAUAUCCAUCCAUGGCUAUGGCUUCUUUUUCUUUUCUUCCUCCGUCGGUCACCGCCGGCUCUGCAACUGCGGCAAACGUAUUUGAGAUGGGAAGUUUCAACGCCGUGAUGGAGAAGGUUGAAUCGGGGUUUUGCGGCGGCGGCCGAUUUGCUCCGCCGAAGCCGGUGGUGAUCGGCCGGCCGUCUGACGGCGGAGAGUUUCCGGUGCUGCUGCUAAUCCACGGCUAUCUUCUUUACAACACUUUCUACUCUCAGCUCAUCCAACACAUUGCUUCCCACGGCUUCAUCGUCGUCGCCCCUCAGUUGUACACAGUGGCCGGCCCAGAUUCAAGCGGAGAGAUCAAAGCAACGGCCGCCAUCGCAGACUGGCUGCCGGAAGGGCUCCGGCAGCAUCUUCCGCCGAACGUGAACCCAAAUCUCGACAAACUGGCCCUCGCCGGCCACAGCCGCGGCGGCAAAACCUCCUUCGCAUUUGCCCUAGCCCUAAACAAAUCAAUCACCACAGCCCUGAAAUUCUCAGCCCUAAUCGGCCUCGAUCCAGUCGACGGAACGGGCAGCGGCAAGCAGACCCACCCCCCAGUCCUCAAAUUCGUGCCCCAAUCCUUCGAUUUCGGGCUCGCGCUGCCGGUUCUGGUAAUCGGGUCGGGUCUGGGCGAAGUGAAGAGGAAUCCCCUGUUUCCCCCUUGCGCUCCGAAGGGGCUUAAUCACGAGGAUUUUUUCAACGAGUGCCGGAAUCCGGCGCAUUACUUGGUGGUGAAGGAUUACGGGCAUUUGGAUCUGCUGGACGACGAAACGGGGGGAAUCAGAGGGAAGGCGAGCUACUGUUUGUGUAGAAAUGGGGAAUCGCGAGGGCCGAUGAGGAGAUUUGUGGGUGGGGCUGUGGUGGCGUUUUUGAAGGCUUAUUUGGAUGGGGAAGAAGGAGACUUGGCAGCCAUUGAAGACGGGUCUCGGAGCUUGCCUUUGGAUCUUCAGACUGUCAAAUCUCUUCUCUGAAAAUGGAGUGGGUAACCUUACUACCCCUAAUUGUAAAAUAAGCAUUAAAUGAUAAUAUUUUCAUAAAUAAUUACACAAAUAUGCUAACUAUCUUUUUUUUUUCUACUUUAGUACAAUAAAUGGGUGGGGAAAUUCAAAGUCACCAUAUAUUAGUUGGU